UAAUUCGAUAAAUGAAUACAAUAAUAUGUUAAAGAUAUAUUGUUAAAUACUGUGUUUUAGUACAAAUUGGCGUAAAUUAAGAAUCGGGUAAUAUAUAAUAGUAUCAAUAAUAGUUACGGAAGAUCAAAUUACAAACAAGUUAUAAAAGAGGAAAUUUUUAUUCGAAAAAAACUAUGGAGUGGGAAGUCAUAAAAGCGUUACAAAAAGGGGAAUACACGCUAAAUAAGGUGAACAGUUACGGAGAAAAUUUAUUACACAUUAGUGCAGCAAAUGGUUGUAUUGAUAUCACAAAAGAAAUUUUUCGAAAACAUGAUUGCUGUCAUAUUAUUGAUAGAAAAAAUAAAUUUGGUUGGACACCAUUAAUGCUAGCAAUACGCAAUAGAAACAUUAAAAUGGUUAAAUAUCUUUUACAAAAAAAUGCUAAUGUGAAUGAAUCAACUGAUUUAGGCAUGUCUGUUUUUGGAUUGGCAGCUGCAAUAAAUAAAGAUAUGUUUGAAACUAUAUAUGAAGCAUGCCCAUCAGCACUAUUGAAUUCUCUAAAUGAUGAUGUUACACCACUUUGCAUUGCAGCUAUGAAAAAUGAUAAAAAUUUAUUUUUUAGAUUAAUAGAAUUAGGAUUUAAUGUUUCAAAAAGUAAUGACUAUACUUAUAGUAUGAUGAAGCAGUCGAUAGUACCAGAAAUAAAAAAUUUGGCAAAAUAUUUUGACACAGAAGAUUAUUGGAAUGAUAACUCAGAUAACAUUCUUAUAGAAAAUGAACCAGAUAACAAGGACUGUUUAAAUCUUUCCAAACUAGUAAAUGAAAAUAAUAGUAAUAAGUCUCCUUUAAAUGUUCAUAAGAUACCGUUAGUUACAUUUGAUACUACAAUGUGCAAUAAUGUCAACUGUAACAACAAUGUCAUAAAAGAUCCAAAUAAGCUUUCAAAACCUUGUGCAUUAAGUUUAGAGACAAAUCAUUCAGAAAGUGUUCAGACUAGUUUAAUUUCACCCACUUUGACUUGCAAUCUGAACGAACUGUUACCUACAUCUCCAAAUAUAUAUUUUACACAAAAUAAACAUAAUGAGGAAAUUAAUUUGAAUAUAAAAGAUGAAACAAAAGAUAAACAGUUAUUUGUAAAUGAAGAUGAAGUAAUGCUAACUUGUUCAAAAAGUGGAAAGAAUGUAAGCGAACUACCUUUGCAGAGAUUACAGUCCAUUCGGCCACAAGAUUUAAAUAUUCAAUACAAAGAAGAUCUUGAUACUACUCUUGAAUAUGUGCCUGAAUUUAGUCCAUUGCGCCAACAAAAUAUUCCUCCAAAUAUGAAUGAUGAAAAUGUAUUUGGGGAAAAUACACCAACACCACCACGUUACAAGACACCUCCAAGAGGAAUGAUUUUAAAUUCAGAAGAAGCAAAAAUGUUCGUUUUACUAAAACAUUACGGAUUAGGUCAAUACGUGCCUAUAUUUCUCGAACAAGAAGUUGACAUUGAUUUGUUUAUGACUUUAACUAAUGAAGAUUUAAUUGAAAUUGGUAUAAAAAAUGAAGCUGACAGAAAAGCUAUAUUAGAAGUGAUAAAUAGAUCAUAAAAAAUCUGUGAUACAAAAAGAAUUUAUUACCUUUUAUUAAUUAUAUCUAAUUACAUAUUAUUAUUUUAUUUGUUAUAUACUAAAGCUGCUUUAAUAUAUAAAUGUAAAAAUAUAAUAUGUUAUGUUAUAG